AUGCAGCUCAAAUCUCUCCUCAUCGCCCUGGCCAUCAGCCUUUCCGUCCAAGCCUACGAGAUCAAGGGUUGGACCACGAAGGACUGCAAAGGCGACCCCGAUAGCGAUUCCACUUCCGACACAAGUGUCACAACCUGCGGCACUCUCGGUAGCUCCAAGUGGAAGUCGAUCAAGGCCACCCCAGGUGACCUGGUAUUGACUGCCUACAAGUCCGCCAAGUGUGCCGGUGAGGGAUACGCCCUGCAGCCCGGAAAGUGCGUCAACGGCGAGUUCACAACCUACGAGGCGCAGUACAUCUCCACCAUGCGGAAGCGUAACACCACCGAGAUUAUCGGCGAUUGGGGAAUCGAGGACGAGGAGAACACCUCCCUGUAA